GAAACCACCCUAAUACCAUCGACAACCCAUUCGUCCAUUGCACUGGAGGUGCUAAGGCAACAAUCUAGAUCAAUAGCAGCUCUUCGAAGGAAAUCCCAUCUCAAGUUGACGAAAUGGGGCGACACCAAAGCAGCCGAAGAAGGAGACGAAGGAAAAAAGCUUCACUUUGUCAGCCCAGCUAGACGAAAAUCUGUCCUAGGGCCAAUUUUGAGUAAAAUCAAAAAUAAUGCAGCCGAUUCUGACAGCGAGAAAAAGGGCAGUGAUGGUCAUGUUAUCGUUCAGAUUGAAUCCGCCAAAAGAGUGAAAAGACACAGCAUCCAUGGAAUGAUGGAAGAAGAAAACAUUAUUCGUCCCCAUCAGGAGAUUCGUCAGCUAACUUUGGAGGAAAAGAAAUUUCUUUUAGCUGUUGAACGUGGUGACAUGGCUGGAACUCGACGAAUGCUUCAAAAAGCCCAAGACACUGAAUACAUAAAUAUCAAUUGUGUUGAUCCUUUGGGACGUACGGCUCUUUUGAUGGCAAUUGACAAUGAGAAUCUGGAAAUGGUUGAAUUGUUGAUCAAUUAUAAUGUCGAUACCAAAGAUGCAUUGCUUCAUUCGAUUUCGGAGGAAUUUGUUGAAGCUGUUGAAGUUUUGCUCGAUCAUGAAGAUAUCAAUUUUCAAAAUGAAGGAAGUCAUAGUUGGGAAUCAGCUCCUGAGGAUACAUCAACUUUUACACCGGAUGUAACACCUUUAAUACUCGCUGCCCAUCGCGAUAACUAUGAAAUAAUAAAGAUCCUAUUGGAUCGUGGUUCAGUUCUACCAAUGCCACACGAUGUUCGUUGCGGUUGUGAUGAAUGUGUUCAAUCUCGACAAGAGGACUCCCUUCGUCAUUCGAGAUCACGUAUUAAUGCUUAUAGAGCUUUAGCUAGUCCAAGCCUUAUUGCCUUGUCCUCAAAGGACCCAAUUUUAACUGCAUUUGAGCUUUCAUGGGAGCUUCGAAGAUUAAGCUUUUUAGAACACGAAUUUAAAAAUGAAUAUCAAGAAUUACGAAAGCAAUGUCAAGAUUUUGCCACCGCUCUUUUAGAUCAUACAAGGACAUCACAUGAAUUGGAAAUACUGCUCAAUCAUGAUCCCACCGGUCCAGGUUAUGAGCAUGGAGAAAGAAUGCAUUUGAAUCGCUUAAAAUUAGCCAUAAAACUUAGACAAAAGAAGUUUGUUGCGCAUUCAAAUGUUCAACAACUAUUGGCUAGUAUUUGGUAUGAGGGUUUGCCAGGAUUUAGACGAAAAAAUAUGGCUCUUCAAACUUUGGACAUUAUUCGUAUUGGAAGUUUAUUUCCAAUAUUUUCAAUUGCUUACAUAUUAGCGCCGUAUUCAAAUAUUGGACAAACAAUGAGAAAACCUUUUAUAAAAUUUAUAUGUCAUAGUGCGUCAUAUUUUACAUUUUUAUUUCUUCUUAUGUUAGCAUCGCAGCGUAUUGAAACAUUUAUUGGUGGCUGGUUUUGGCAAGAAUCGGCAACUAUAAUUUCUGAAGAAGAAGUGCCAACUAAACGAGGGGCUAAGCCAACUUUUAUCGAAUGGCUUAUAUUGGCAUGGGUUAGCGGACUAAUUUGGAGUGAAGUUAAACAACUUUGGGAUGUUGGUUUGCAAGAGUAUCUAAAUGAUAUGUGGAAUGUAAUAGAUUUUGUUACAAAUUCGUUGUAUGUUGCAACAGUUGCGUUGCGAGUGGUGUCAUUUUUUCAGGUUCAAAAAGAAAUGACAGUAGAUAGAUCUGCUGCGGACUUGCCUCGUGAAAAAUGGGACACUUGGGAUCCGAUGCUGAUAUCCGAAGGGCUUUUCAGUGCAGCUAACAUAUUUAGUUCUUUGAAAUUGGUUUACAUAUUUUCGGUCAAUCCUCAUCUUGGACCACUGCAAGUAUCGCUCUCACGAAUGGUCAUGGAUAUCAUGAAGUUUUUCUUCUUGUACGUUCUGGUGUUAUUUGCAUUUGGAAGUGGUUUGAAUCAAUUGUUAUGGUACUAUGCAGAUCUUGAGAAAAAACGUUGCCCUGAAGUAUCAUCGAAUGCCAUACUCAAUGCUAAUGGAACUGCUGAUCCAAAUGCAUGCAUAGUUUGGCGGAGAUUUUCUAACCUCUUUGAAACAACACAAACACUCUUCUGGGCAGUUUUUGGCUUAAUCGAUUUGGAUAGCUUUGAAUUGGAUGGCAUUAAAAUCUUCACGAGAUUUUGGGGAAUGCUUAUGUUUGGAACAUAUUCUGUUAUUAAUAUCGUUGUACUUCUAAAUCUCCUUAUUGCCAUGAUGAAUCAUUCUUAUCAGCUUAUUUCGGAACGUGCUGAUGUUGAGUGGAAAUUUGCUCGUUCUAAACUUUGGAUUAGCUAUUUUGAAGAAGGAGGAACUUGUCCGCCACCUUUUAAUAUAAUUCCGACACCAAAAUCAAUUUGGUAUGCAUUUAAAUGGACAAGAAGAAUUUUCUGCAGUGGAUCCUCGGCGGCUAGGAGGGAGCAUUUGAAGACAAUUAGGAGAAAGGCUCAACAAGCUAACGAUAGAGACUUUAAGUACCAGCAAAUCAUGAGGAAUCUCGUUAGACGCUAUGUUACUGUCGAACAAAGAAAAGCCGAAUCUCAAGGCGUAACCGAAGAUGACGUAAAUGAGAUUAAACAAGAUAUUUCUGCAUUCCGAUGUGAACUGGUGGAAAUAUUAAAAAACAGUGGAAUGGAUACAAAUGUUUCCGCUGGACAAGGUGGAGUUUGUCCUCUUUUAGGUGGCGGUGGCAAGAAGAACCGUCAAAAGGAACGUCGUCUUAUGAAAGGUUUCAACAUUGCACCGCCAGGUUCAACUGGCUCAUUGGCUCCUGUUGCUGAAUUUUCAACAUCAUUGGAUCAAUAUGAGAGUCAACAUGAAUUAUUGAAUUCCGCACUGACAAACGGGUUGACACCGAAUUUCUUGCAAAAGAAACUCAAUCCAUGUUGUGGAAACUCAGUUUGUGCAACUAAUUUGUUGAAAGAUCCAACCGCACAUGUGCAGGCAAUGAAUAAAUAUAAUAAAUCAACGGUUAAGCCCUAUAAUAAGCGAAUAGCUGGACAAAAAAAGAGAUGGGGUACACUAAUUGAAGCAGCUAAAGAAGGAAACGUUUCGAAAAUGUUGGGUCGUUCAAAAUCGGAAGACUCAGUGUGCAAGUCCAUGCCUCAAACACCUGUUCAUGGAGUCCAUGUUACAUAUGCCCAAAACUGUGGAACUUAUCGUGGUGACUCAACUCCAAGUGAAGCAAGUCCCUGCCAUAGCAAUGGAAGCAUUGGAUCAAACUUCUUUCAUGCUUCAACUGGACUAACUGCAAUAGCUGCUUUGAAAAAGAAACGUAAAAAGUUCUCAUCGAGCAAAAAUAUCAGCCCUGUCACAGAGUCUAUAUCGACGACCACCUCUGAAUCGCUAAAUGAUAAGGCCCUAAAACGCGUCUCCAGCUAUCCAGCUACUACGGGAGAAGCCCCAAGAGAAGCAGCUAAGCCACGGCGUCAUGAGCAAACUCAAAGCCAACACGAUUCCGUCGAAACAUCCUCGGAUUUUACACUCUCCAAUGAAAUACCCAUGGAUCCAUCCAGUACAUCCGUCAAUUCUCGAGAGCCAUUGAUAAGUGCAUCUAGUGUUGCCACCAAUUAAAUAUAAAAUCAAUGAAAAAAAUGAAGCCUCUAAAAAGGAGUAGGAAAUCAAAUUUUAUUAUAAACAAAAUAACCCACACGUAUAAAGCCCACAAAAACAAAUACGCACAACGAAAUCAAACUAAACACACACAUCCAUUUGUUUAUGUAUUAUGUUAAGUCAUUUGCAAUAACAAAUUUUAAAAAAAAUUGCAGUAAAUUCAUAUCUUGAUGUAAACGUUGCCUUAGAAGCUUAGAUAAAAAAAAAUAUAUAUAAUAAUCAAAAUAAAAUAUAAAAUUAGAAAAAAAAAUAAAUAUUAGAACACAAAAAAAAAACGAAGGCAAAAAAAAACAAAUUUAAAUUUAAACUUUUUAGGUGAAAAUACAUAGAAACAAUAAAUAUUUUUAGGGAAAUUAUUAAUUUUAUAUGCGGUGUUUACACUAAACAAAAAUAAUCUAUUUAUUUUUUUGUUUGGUAUAUUUUUAAAAACUUUAAUAACUUUUAUGAAUUCUUUACAAAAAAUGUACUGUCAGUUAAAAUACUUGAGAAAACGGAGGAAUUGAAAUGUUGGACAUUUAUAAAGAAAACAUAAUUGAAUAUUAUUUUAUUUUCAGCAAAAUUGAAUUUUCUGAAAACUGCGUCAAAGUGGUUAGAGAAAACAACAAUUGGCAAUUUUGAAUUUAUCAAACUUAACAGUAAAUUACGUUUUCGAAUUGCAUACCUACAAUAUUUUUCUUCUUUAUAAAACUUAUUUUUUCGCGAGAUCAUUAAAUUUUGCAAAUUACUGCUGGCCAAAAAAGUCAAUAUUUUUCAAUUUUAUCAAUUGAACUGCGUUUUUUUUAAGACCUUUAUUCCUUACUGUCAAAUAACUCAAAUAAUAAAAAGAUCGAACUUUAUACUCUUUGCCAACAAGCAUGUUUUUUAUCAUAAAAUCCAUGGAAUAUGUCCCAAAACAGGGGUUCUGCCUGUAGCGAGGUCGUUUGGACUUGGGGGCAAAAAGAGGGUCCCUUCUAUUCUUGCAAAAUAAUUACUCAUAGAAUGGUUGAGUUCCUAGGCCUUGCUCCUUCAUGCGGUACAGCACAGUGGUGCCUUCGAUCCUUUUUGGAGUCAAAAAUCUUUUGCAUGACAAUUUCUUGACGAAAAGUCAACAUUGAUACACUGAAGGAUAUUGGUAUGGCGAAAACGUUGCCAACUUUUUUUAUUCAAAAUGACGGGCAGAGUAAACGUGGAAAUAGAAUUUUCUUUUUCAAAGCAGUAUUUAAGCUAGAAAUUUAGCUAAAUUGAUAUCAAAAAGGUGGUCGACCUCAGAUUUAGGAAAUAGCAGAACUGUUCAUAUAAAAUGACAAAAUUCAAAGAUUAUGAAAUCAAGGGCCCAAGCACGUUUUCAUGACGUUUCGUUUCUUAUGACAAACAUUUCAAAAAUGAUUUUUCUUUCUGAAAAAACCGAUGUUCAAAAACCAAAUUUAAUUAUUUCAAAAUAUGUACUAUCUUUUAUUAAAAUAUAUAUUUGAUAUUUUUUUUUUUUAUAAAUAAAAAGGUUUCAAUUUCUUUAUUUAUUUAAAACUUGAAUAAUCACAUCAGUAAUUUUUUUUUAUUUAUCAUUUUAAGGACAUGUUUCUCAAUAUCUAUUUUAUUUUAAUUUUAUUUUAUUUACGUUUAAAAUGACUAUAAAGCUCAAAGUAGUUUAUUUGAAAAAAAAAUCAGUUAUUUUGAAACAAGUCCUUAAUCAAGAAAAACAUAUGAUAUAACUAAAAGUAAUAGAGAGCACAAAGAUUGCAGUUUGCACAAAAUUAAAUAAUCGUAGAGAAGUUCUACAUAAAAGUAAAUAAUAAAUGUUAAAGCAAUGAAUCGAUUGAAUAUAUCAGCGAAAAGUAUACUUAUUGUAUUUAAAUAAUA